AAUGCGAUGGUCAAUGGCAAGCUCAACAGUUUGUCCGAAGAUCUGAACUUGCAGGGGACGCAGUAUAAUACCUGUGUUAGCAUUCUAUUCGUUGGUUAUUUACUUGGCCAAGUACCAUCAAAUAUGCUGCUGAACCGAGUCCGACCCGCCUGGUAUAUGUCCGGGUUCAUGAUGGCGUGGGCAAUCGUCUCUACUCUCAACUGCCUAGUCAAGGACUAUCAUGGUCUGCUCGUUUGCCGUCUGGUACUUGGGAUUGUGGAAUCUCCAUUUUACCCCGGUGCGCUUUUCAUGAUCAGCCAGUUCUACAAUAGAAAGGAGGUGACUACCCGAAUGGCGAUCCUUUAUACAGGCAACAUGUUAGCAAGUGCGUUUUCCGGUCUCAUAGCCGCUGGUGUCUUUGCCGGGCUAGAUGGAUCGCAUGGACUAGCUGGAUGGCGGUGGCUAUUCCUCAUCCAAGGCGUGAUCACUGUUGGCGUCGCUGCUGUCGCUUUCUUCUUGCUGCCUAACUCUCCACUCCAAACACCCUGGCUGAAUCAGGAAGAACGAGUUCUUGCCCACGAACGUAUCGCACGCGACACCACGGAGAAACAAGAUGGAACGAGCACCUGGACUGGCCUUCGAGAAGCCUGCAUGGACUACCGCACCUGGGUCUUUGCCCUGAUGUGCAAUCUGCAUCUGUCGGCGAAUGGAUUCAAGAAUUUCAUGCCUACUGUGGUGAAAACCCUUGGAUUCGAUUCCACUAUCACGCUCGUAUUAACAUGUCCACCAUACCUGGUCGCCACAUUCACCUCCAUUGCCGUUUCCUGGUCCUCGGGCCGCUUCAACGAACGGACCUGGCAUAUAACCAUCUCCAAAGCCCUGGCCAUCGUCGGAUUCGCGGUCGGCUGUGGAACGUCAAGCAUUGGAGCGCGCUAUUUUGCCAUGAUUCUCUUUGUCGGUGCCACAUACGGGGUCAACAACAUCAACAUCGCCUGGGUGGCAGCAACGUUGGGCCAAACGGAUGAGAAAAAGGCGGUGGCGAUCGCAAUCACGAAUACCCUGGGAAAUUUGGCCAGUGUGUACACACCGUAUCUGUGGCCAGAUUCAGAUGCACCGCGGUUUGCGAUGGCGAUGUACUGCAGCAUUGGGUUCUCGGCGGGAGUGGUGAUUGUGGCGUGGCUCAUGAGGGUGAUUCUCAUUCGGGAGAAUCGAAAGAUUCGGGCGACGAACUCUGAAGCGAUUAAUUUCUAUGCAUAUUAGUAUACUGACCUCGGCAUAGUUGUUAGGGUUGAAUGAACUCAAUGUUAGUAUACCUCGG